AUGCAUCCAAGUCAUGAAGAUGUCAAAGCUGCAGCGAAACACAUACCGGUCGUUGAUGGAGAGAAAGUAGGCACGGUAGACUCCGCGCUGACGUUUUUGCACUCAGCUACCGUCACAAUGACGAGCACCGAGGAAGAAAAGAGACUCGUUCGAAAGGUCGACUGGAUGAUCAUGCCGUUGUUGUCAGCAGUCUAUCUCAUGCAAUUUAUCGAUAAAAAUCUUAUCAACUUCGCCAACAUUAUGGGACUGGGCAAAGACACUCAUACUUCUCCAGCCCAAUUCUCCCACCUUGCUCUGUCCUUCUGGGUAUCGUAUCUCGCGUUUGAACCUCUGUCAGGGUAUCUAUUGCAGAAGCUGCCAGUGGCUAAAUAUCUGGGUUUCAAUGUGGUUCUAUGGGGAAUAUGUGUUACAUUCAACUGUGUUUGCAAGAACUACGCCUCUCUUGUUGCACUACGAGUACUGUUAGGAGUUUUCGAAUCAUGCGUAUCACCAGCGAUGAUAUUGGUUACCUGUAUGUGGUACAAGAGAAGAGAGCAGCCACUCCGUGUUGGCAUUUGGUGCGGGACUGUGGGCCUUGGUAUCAUCAUCGGAGCAUUGUGCUCGUUUGGGUUCCAACAUUACGUCGGGAGGAGCUUUAAAUCCUGGCAAAUCAUGUUCCUCUUAUUUGGUCUUGUUACGAUCGUCCUCGGGUUGCUCGUGGUGGUUUUCCUGCCCGACAAUCCGAUGAGCUCCAAACUGAGUGACCAGGAAAAAGUCCUGGCAAUUGAGAGACUCCGAGGAGACACAACGGGUGUUGAGAACAAGAAUUUCAAGCCCUCCCAAAUGUUCGAGGCCCUGAAAGACCCGCAUACUUGGCUCAUCUGCGUAAUUACGACGGCCAUCAAUAUUCCAAACGCCGCUGUCAGUACUUUCCAAGCUGGAAUCAUAUUGAGCCUUGGAUUCACCCCGAAGGAAGCAGCUUUACUCAACAUCCCCAGCGGAGUUAUCGGGAUCAUCGCCAUGUUGAGUGCAUGCUAUAUUUCGUAUCGAUACAGCAACCGUUCAUUUGUCAUUGUUUCUCUCCUAGUUCCCGGCAUCAUUGGCGCUUCCUUGAUGGCAUUUCUACCCAUCUCUAGCAAAAUUGGGCGAUUAUUCGGAACUUAUCUCACCAACACAAUCCCUUCCAGUACGCCACUGAUCUACUCGUGGGUCGCUGCCAAUGUUGCUGGCCAUACCAAGAAAGUGACAAUGAACGCUCUUCUUCUCAUGGCAUUUUGUCUUGGAAACAUUCUUGGCCCAUUGACAUUUACUAAUCCACCGGACUACAUCUCUGCGAAAAUAACUAUUAUUGCUGUUCUAGGUUUGGCCAUUCUCCUCAUAUUUGUUCUAGCAUCUAUCUAUCAUCGGGAGAACUCGAGGAGGGCAGAAAGAGGAGAUUUAGGCCAGGGCAUGUGCGACUCAUCGUUCUUGGACCUCACAGAUCGCCAGAAUAAGGAGUUUAAGGUUCGAUAUGACAAACUCAACUCAUCCUAUGAAACACAUGAUAUUGUCACCCCUGUCCAUAUGGUGGCCAAGCUAGUGCAAGCGGUUGUUUCUUGA